GGCUAUUUCCAAAGGGUAUUCUGUAAACUAUAAUCAGUUCUCAAAAGAUGAAAGCAGGCGCUAUGGAUGGCUCCUGUCAGAUUUGUUUGUCACUGAAUGGAAGAAACAUGUUAAAACAACAGAAAGGGACAUAGAGAAAAGUAUUCUGAAACAUGUGCUGAAUUGGGCGCCUUUCCAGCACUAUCUUAUAAUAUACUAUAGAGACCAGAAAAGGAUUGAUAUGCUAAAAGAAGAAUGUAAAGAAAUUUUAGUAACAGCAGUGUCAGUGAUUUAUAGCAGAGUAUCAAAGCUUCACGAUGGCUCAAUUUCUAUUGGAGAUCUGAACUUGAUAGUUUCAAAGGAGGGCACAUUUCCAGAGUUAGCAGAAUUAGUUCAGACAGAGAAAGAGUACUCGGCAAAAGUUAUUACAAAAGUAAUACAGAUUAGGCAAAAAGAAGUUGGAGCAUUCCAGAUGCAAGCUGAAGAAAUGUCCACUUUAGCUGCUCUCUGUCAGCAUUUACCAAAUGUUGACAGAAGAUCAGUUGAUGUCACGCUGAAAAAACAAGAACACUUUGAUGUCCAUAUGGUAAAGGAAUUUUGUGUGCCAGCAGCUGAAAUAAACGUUGAGGAUAUAGACACAUUUGCACCAAAACUGUGUGCAUUUAAGUUGCCACAAACAGUGUUAGAUAUGGUCCCAGAACUACAUGUAUACAACAAAAGCACUACCUUUUUAAAACAAUGGCAUGACCAAUGUCAGGGAGUCUAUGACCAGUGUGUUUCUCUGGACGAUACUGUGCAAAAAGUCUGGAUUCCUGUGAAAAAGAGCUGGGAUGAAAUAUCAAAGAAAGUCAAGACAGGUGAAAUCCAGUUUAGAGACUUUGAAAAACUUCUUGGACAAAUGUACAAAGACGAUUAUGAGCAAAUGAGGGAAGAGAUGAAAUAUCUGAAAGCAACUGACAAAGAAAUAAAAAAAAGGCUGGAUCAGUUGAAGAAGUACAGGCAAUUAAGUACAUGUGUAAAAGGAGCCAAAACAAUUUUAAAAUUUGCUGCAGAGUACAAGUUGAAUGGUGACUUCGAGCAGAUCAAGGUUAUUGCUACACACAGUGAUAAUGACUUGGAGAUGAGAUCGUUUGAUGACAGUGUGAUGAAAGCAUGUGAUUUUCUCACAGAAUUGACACCUGCAAGGGAGAUUUGUCUUAAGACUUUCAUAAGAUGUGAACCACUGGUCAAAUGGCUGAAAGAAUCAAUGAAGAAAGAGGGAUUGAAAGAACUGAAGGUGUUUGUGGACCUGGCAUUCAUGUCAGCUGGUGAUGAACCAAUCAAUAUUGCACGUGUCCAGUGCCUUCAUUCUGCUGUGACAGGAUAUGCCCCGCUCAUAUUUGAUCUUAAACCAACUUCUGGUUAUAAAGAUCUUCUUCAGCAUUGUACAGUUGUGUGGAAGGAAUUGGAUGCAAAUCCAAAGUUACCAGCAAAAUUGAAAGAUACAAACCACCAGCUACAGUGGUUAAAGGAGAUAAAGAAAGCUCAUGGUUCUGUGGAAGUUACUUCCCUAAUGCAAGCAGAGGCCAUUAAUGCCAACGGAAUAUACACUGUGGGGAGAAAUGCUUGGAAAAAGGAUGCAAAGGCUGAACAUUCUUAUGGGACUUUAUUGAUAAUAGCAGACACAUUAAGACUGACAGUACCAGAGCAGGAAGGCAAGAGACAACAAAGAAAUUACACCUUCUCCCAGUUACAAGACUUGCAAAGUAGACUGAUGUUGGUGGCAGGAAAAGCAGAGAAAGGAAAUGACAGUGUAGAAAGAUUCACUAUGAUAUUCGACAGCAUAAUUAGACUUAGCAGUGUGUAUAUGAAACUAUGUUCAUCUGGAUGUGUCCUGUUCAAAGAUUGGAGUGCCAGGUUUCUAUGUGACCCUGAUCCUAAACGUCCAGUCUGCAUUGUUUUGGAAUUUGGACAGGGUGAAAGAGUUCCACAACUCAAGGGGAGACGGUCUAACACAGAAGACUUGAAAGACAUGAUUCCUGAUCUUGCAAAAUUCAUGGAAACAUGCUAUGAUGAUUGGCUGAAGCACAUCAAAGGCAAGCGCAAGAGUUAUCUUCAUCUUAACUACUUUACCAUUGACCAGCUUGUUAUUCUACAAAGAGAGUUAGUGAAAGUUGGAACUGAAGCAGAACCUGACCAGCAUAUCUUUCCUUUGUUAUCAGCUGUAAAAGGAAAUUGUACUCCAGAUGACCUUCUCGAAGCAAUGGCAGCUGCCAAGGAAGAGAUAGAUGGUGACACAGAGAUGGAAGCUGAGGAUGAAGGGAACAGUGAUGAUAAUGAAGCUGAAAUGUUGGCAAAUGCCACGGAUGAUGAGAAGAAACAGAAUUUUGUACAAGAGCUUGUACAGGCAGGGUAUGAUGAGGCCUUAGCAGUCCGGGCCUUAGAGUUUAUAGAUCCAGAGGAUGUAACUGCUGGUAUAGUCUGGUGCAUGGACCAUGAAGAAGACAAUGUAACUUCUGAUGACUUUGAUCAGCCUGAAGUUGAGAAUGAACCAAUGAGAGAUCAGCUUACACAGCGACCUAUCUUCAGUGGCUGGAGCCAGUCUCAGACUGACAUACAAACCAUGAUCACAGCAAACAUAACUGGAUUGAGAAAGCAGAAUGAUCUUGGUUCGGCACCGUUGAUCAGUGAUCUCACAGCAUUAUGGAAGCAGUUUCUGGAAUCCAUAUCUUCAAAUAUACGAGACUAUCUUAGUCUGGAACAUCUUGGUCUCAUCCUGAAGUAUCUUGCCAGAAAAGAUACCAGAGAAGUAUCCAGAUCACUGCCACCAGGGUUCAAGGAAGGUCAACCUAACCUGAUCAUUUGUCCCUCAGGAGAUGUAUUGAUGACCUCACUAUCUGUAUAUAUGAUGGAUAAAGACCAGCCCUUACCACAGUCAGAUGAAAUAUUGAUAUGUACUGCCAACACAACAAAAGAUGAAGUAGACAUAUUUUGGAGGAGAGCAAUAUUUGAUGGAGCUAGAAAGAUUCACUGUCUUGUGAAUGCUGACAUGUUGGACUAUGAUGUUAGUGAAGUGGCAGAGAGAUGCCUGGAAGAAUAUCUCCUUGAAGUUCACUACCUAGAUUUGAAGUAUCGUUUGUUGGUGAUCUGUGGUUCAGACAAUGAGUAUAGGUCUACUAUAGUAUCAUCUCUCGACAAGUUCAAGAGACAACCAUUACCUGCAAAUACCACACAUCUGAGAGAGUACCUAGCCAACAAACUUGCAAUACAACAGCGAGCUUUAUCAGGAAUCAGACCAGCUGCUGAUGUAGAUAAACAGAGGUCUACCGUACGUGUGAUCAAAUCCUGGAGAGCGGGUGUGGGAAAGACAUUAUUUAAACACAGGAGGGAAGAGGAAUUGUCAAGCCUGAAUAGAGGGGCAGUCAGAUCAGACACGGUGUCUAUCCCACUGCAGGAGAAAACCAUAGAUCUUCAUUAUGUCAUCCAAAGACUCCUAGAACAUACAACACGUCCAGAGGAGGUUACUGCCAGACUGUUUCAUAUAGAUGUAUCUCAUGAGGUGGAGAAUGGUGUAGAUUAUCUACUGUUCAACCUGCUUGUACUUGGGUGUCUGAUGGACAAGACUGGAUUUGUAUGGAGAAAAUCUCCAACUGACAUUUACCUGAUUGAGACAAUGCCUUUAAUGUAUCAAGCUACAAACAGAAGGGGAGCAGACCUUCUGUAUGUACAUCCAAUGUUGAGUAUUUUACCGGACCUGACUUGUAGAUCACCACAGGAAAGCCUGCAGAUCUAUCUCAAUGUUAGGCCACAUGACUUCAAAGAGUCGGAUCAGUUGUUUGAUGAAAAACAGUUCAGAAGUUCAGUUUUCCAAAGAACAUUCCAGUAUUUACUGCGACUGGACCAGAGGAGACAACUUGGUGACGUGCAGCCUCACAACCCAGAAGGAAGUCCCCAGACUUGUCUGCAAACAUUACUAAGGCAUUGUGGAUUAGAAGAUCCAUCUUGGUCCGAGCUUCAUCAUUUUGUUUGGUUUCUUAACACCCAGCUGGUAGAUUUUGAGAACAACAUGUUUGUUAGUGCUGCAGCUGCAGAAGAUCUUCCAGGCUUCUCCACAUUUGUUCUGAGAUUCCUGAUUCAGAUGUCAAGGGAUUUUUCUACACGUUCAUUGGAUAUGAGUGAAGAAUCACCCGGGCUUAGACCAGAACCUCAAGUUAGAGAGGAGCGUAUGGAUGAUGGUGAAGGGGAGGACAUUGAGGAAAAUGGAGAUGACCUACAUGCUUACCAGAUGAGAAGGACCUGGGAAAGCAGUCCACAUCCCUACUUGUUCUUCAACUCAGACAGAUUUACAUUCACCUUCCUUGGAUUUUUCAUUGAUCGAGGUUCAGGAAAUUUGAUUGACCAGCAGACAAGAACAGUACUUGAACAUGGAAUAAUGAAACAGAAUCUGUAUGAUUCACUUGUCAGAAACCAUGCUCCCAUGCAAGAAAAUUUUGAUGCUCUUCCAAGAGAUCAGAAAAUCAUGAAGUUAUGCAAUGUCAUGGGCAUUGAGUUGCCUCAUGAUCCAGAUGAUACAUACGAGUUGACCACAGACAACGUGAAGAAGAUAAUGGCCAUCUACAUGAGGUUCAGGUGUGAUAUACCAGUUAUAAUCAUGGGAGAGACAGGAUGUGGUAAAACAAGACUAGUCAAGUUCAUGUGUUCUUUACAACAGCCACCAGGAGUUGAAAUGACCAAUAUGAUACUAAUGAAGGUCCAUGGUGGUACAACAAAUAGAGACAUUAUAAAGAAAGUGAGAGAUGCUGAACAAAUAGCUAAAAAGAACAAAGAGACUUACGGAGAUCAUAUGUAUACAGUGUUGUUCUUUGAUGAGGCUAACACAACAGAAGCUAUUGGACUUAUAAAAGAAAUUAUGUGUGACAAGAGUAUGGAAGGAAAGAAACUGAAACUUUGUGAAAAUCUGAAGAUGGUUGCUGCUUGUAAUCCAUAUAGAAAACACUCAGAAGAGCUUAUCAAAAAGUUAGAACAGGCAGGACUUGGGUAUCACGUGGAUGCUGAUGAGACAACAGACAGACUGGGUCGUGUACCAAUGAGACGUCUAGUGUACAGGGUGCAACCCCUACCACAAAGUUUACUACCCCUAGUGUGGGACUUCGGUCAGCUCAACACACAAGUGGAAGAUCUGUAUAUCAGACAGAUGGUCAAAAGAUACAUACGUGAGGACAGGUUACCAGAUAUACCAGGUCUGAUAGAAGUUUCCAGUGCCAUACUAACUGCAUCACAGGACUAUAUGAGAGAACAAAAGGAUGAGUGCAGCUUCGUGUCACUGCGUGAUGUUGACCGUGUACUGACAGUGAUGAGCUGGUUCUACCAGCAGAGUCAAGAGGAUCGAACCUUGUACAAUCUUAUGGAUGACAGUCUGUAUGGUGAGGAUGCAUAUUCAUCUUCAGAUGAGGACGUUGAUGAGGAAGCUGAACAGGUGAUGAGAGAUGAUGGAGGGGGUGACAGAGUUGAUGAUGUUACUCGCUCCCUUAUACUAGCCCUUGGGGUAUGUUAUCAUGCCUGUCUGAAAACCAGACCACAGUACCGUACACAUAUUGCACGAUUUUUCCGUGCUCCUUGUCUUUUGCCUGGUGGUGAUGAUCAGAUACAAGAGGAAAUAGAAAGUUGUCAAGAGGUUUUCCUUGAUCAUGUUCACCUGGAGAAGAAUAUUGCUCGUAACAUGGCUCUGAGAGAGAAUGUCUUCAUGAUGGUCGUAUGUAUAGAAUUACGAAUACCUCUAUUCCUUGUUGGAAAACCUGGAAGUUCGAAGUCACUGGCCAAAACUAUAGUAUCUGAUGCUAUGCAGGGCAAUGCUGCAAGAGAAGAACUGUUUAGGGAACUGAAACAGGCUCAGAUGGUAUCUUUCCAAUGUAGUCCACUGGCGACCCCAGAUGGUAUAGUUGGCACAUUCAGACAAUGUGCUCAGUUCCAGAAAGACAAAGAUUUGGACACAUUUGUCUCCAUUGUUGUCCUUGAUGAAGUUGGACUGGCAGAAGACAGUCCUAGAAUGCCACUCAAGACACUACAUCCAUUGCUAGAGGAUGGUUGCCAAGGGGAUGAAAAACCAGAAGAGCACAAAAAGGUUGCAUUUAUUGGUAUAUCAAACUGGGCGUUAGAUCCUGCCAAGAUGAACAGAGGAAUUCUGGUACAGAGAGAAGUACCGGACCUGGAAGAACUGAUCAACAGUGCUACUGGUAUAUGCAUGACAAAAGAUAAAUUGGGCAACUGGAUCAACCCAUUAAUAAAACCCAUGGCCAUUUCUUACUUAGAAAUCUUUCAGAAGGCCUCACAAAGUAUGAGAGAAUUCUACGGACUAAGAGACUUCUAUAGCUUGGUUAAGAUGGUGUACAGUUUUGUGGAGAAGUCCAAACAACCACCAACCUGGCAUGAGAUGUUACACGCAAUCAAGAGAAACUUUGGUGGCCUUGAUCAAGUUAAUCCAGUUGAGAGCUUCAGGAAGAACCUGGCUACUAUAGUUCAUUUUGAACAAAUGCCAAAGCGCACAGAUCCGGAUUGUACACCAGCUGGCCUUGUACAAGCUUGUCUGUUUGAUACAAAUAAAAUGAAAAGUGAGAGCAGAUACCUUCUGUUGUUGACGGAGAACUAUGGAACACUGACCAUCAUACAACAACAGAUACUGUCAAGGAGCAGUGAUAUCAGACCUAUUACCAUAUUUGGUAGCAGCUUCAGAAGCGACCAGGAAUACACACAGGUGUGUAGGAACAUCAACAAGAUCAAAGUAUGUAUGGAGACAGGAAACACAGUUGUUCUACUGAAUCUAGAGAACCUGUACGAAAGUCUGUAUGAUGCCCUAAAUCAAUACUAUGUGUACUUUGGUGGUGAAAGAUAUGUUGAUCUUGGACUGGGAACACAUAGAGUCAAGUGCCCAGUACACAAGAACUUCAGAUUGAUAGUUGUAGCAGAGAAGCAGACAGUAUACAAGAAGUUUCCAAUACCGUUGAUCAAUCGUCUUGAGAAACAUUUCCUUACAAUUAACACCAUGCUAUCCUCCGAACAACAGCAGGUCGUGAAAAAGUUAGAAGAAUGGGCUGAACAGUUUGUCACACAGAGAAAUGUUGGCUACUCACAUAGGGGUAACAAAGCAGCAACAAAAGUUGGAGAUGUUUUCAUUGGUUACCAUGAGGACACAUGCUCUGCUAUUGUUCUAGAUGUUUGGAACAAGCAUGAACAUAUAGAAAAUGAGAACGAUAGGGAUACACAGGUUUUACAAGAGGCUAAGUCAGUGUUGCUAUGGUGUGCCACACCUGAAUCCCUGGUCAGACUAGACCACGGUAGUCUGUCUAACCAAGAGAAGACUUUGCUCAAUAAAUGGUAUUUCACCAGACAAGCACAUGACAGUCUGAUACAGUAUGUAAAUGUGAAAAUUGUACAGCAACAAUGCAGACGACUUUUUGCUCAGAUAACUACCCAUUCCAAACUGAUGGCAGGUGUUCACAAGGGAGAAAUCAGUAAGGCGACAGGAAUAAAUGUGGAGAGAAUUCUUCUACUGGAAACCCUGUCUUCCUUCGAUACAGAACAGCAGUUCAGUAACAGAAUCCAGCAGCACAUUCAGAGUACAGACAAAGGUCCAAGCCUGAUGGUAAUACAGUGUGACUCGGGUGAUGUGAAUGCCAAUUUGAUAGCUUGUGCCCGUUACUGUGUCAUGGACGAAUUUGAAAAGAUGCGUGAUGAGCUGCGGGCACCAGUACAUGUUGUUUUCAUUGUUCAGCUUCCUAGAGGGGCCUCAUUCACUGGAUUUCAGUGUGGAAUAUGGCACUCGGCACAUAUAGAUGACUUGUAUACAGCAGACAUGAAUAUGCCUACCCUACAAGAUAUGCAAGGAAAGUCAGUAGCUAAACUCUUCACUGAUGCCGUAGUGGAACCCUCUGCUAUGGAAACGGAUGAAGCAGUCCCAACAGAAACUGGUCCUGGAGCAGAGGAAAUGGAAUGGAGUGAAUCUGAAAGCAAACAUGUAUCACCGAGACAGAGAAUGGAUGAAGACAUGAUUACAAAUGACCUUGAAAAUAGACUGAGGGAUGCACCACUGCAGUUAGAUGAUGUACUUCUAGAUUUAAGAAAUGUUGAUAAACAUGGUGGUGAAGGUUUCAGUCAAGGUUAUGGUCAGCAUAGACUAAAUGUAAAAGGACUAAUUUUAGCUUGUGUACAAGCAGCACUAUCUAUGGUGAAAGAUAAAGAGGAAAAUACAAGUAAAGAAACAGAUAGAGUGGCACUUGUUUUGAAACUACUGCAUCAAGAACAAGUAGAAGGCCAUGUUUCCUUUCUGCAUGGAGUAUGUUGUCUGAUAGCCAAACUUCUGAAAGAGAAGGAAUCAAAGACUCAUGUUGCUCACAUGGCACAUCACUGGCUGAUCAACGAAGCUGCUGCUUCGGAAAAUAUCAAUAAAGCAGGAACAUUUCGACGUUCAUGUAUUCAGACGCUGGAAAAUAAAGUCUCACCAAUUUUGGCUGGGAUUAUAGCUUACUUGGACACUAAUGACAACUUGAAAAUACUACAAGAGGAACAUUGCCAGUGGAAACAAGAGUUGUGGCUGACUUUCCUUCAUACCGUAGAUGCCAUCAAUCUGCAUUUCACAGAUUUACAGUCACCAACAAGACAAAGUGAUUUACCAGAGGUAGUUGUCAUGACAACAGGAAGUGAAGGCCACGUGUUCAGUGCUAGGAUGCCAUUCUCUUGGCUGAUGAUUAACCAAAUCAACGAAAUCUUAAAGUUACCUCACCCAGUUACAGAAUCACAUGAUCUUGAAGACGGUGACGAGACUGUUACAAAAACAGAAUCAAUUGUGAAAGUCCUUAGUGAGCAUGCACUCGGAAAAGUACUUGGCUGUGUAUCUCAAAAGGACAUUGUCACAGAAGCUGUACAUGAAUACAUACAUGACUUUGUACACACAAUGUACAAUGCCGCUACACUACAAGAACAACAGUUGGUGUGCCAGUCAGUAUUCUAUGUAACCAAUCGAAUGGCAAAUGACACAACAGAGAGCAUACUGCUACAUAGCCUAGUGAAUGCUCAUAUGGCCUACCAGAAACUUGCUCCAAGGCUUACAUACUUUAGAGCGAUGAACAGUGUAUGGUCAGAAUGUAGUGCCACUAUCAUAGACUUAAAAGAAAAGAAUCCCGAUCAUUUCAUGUUCAAGGAGCAGGAAUUUACGUUUUCGGCCUUGUGUCUUCUUCUGGAAAACCUAUCACCUAAAGGUACCGAUUUAAACAACCUACGUGGCCGGUCCCACUGGUUGAAUAGAGUUCAUCGUUACAGACCUGUUGUAGAGAAAGUGAUCAGCUUACAUGCAGAAGAUCCAACACUGUAUGGGGCCCAUAGCAUUCAGUCAGUGCGUAGGGCAAAGGGAUUGUGGAGUAGAGUUAUGGUCGUGAAGUUGUUUCUGGAACAUGUCUGUGCAUCUGAGAAGGAAGACAAAAUUACAAUCAAACAUUGUAUGCCACUAUGGGCAUUGCUUGGUGAAGAGACAGAUUUGAAAGAUAUGAAGUCACUGGCAGGUGUGGAAAAAUUCCUCAAAAGUUGUAAUAAACUAGCAAUGAAGGAGUAUAUAGGGGAUGAAGUAAAAUGCAGCCAGUGCGAGUCUGUCCUGGAAGGGCCACCAAUUGCACUGCCCUGCAAAGAUCUUUUGUGUGACCAGUGCUAUGAUGGUAUGAAAGCACUGGGGGAGAAUGCAUGUGCAAAAUGCCACCAGGAAUUUCCUGAUGACUGGCAACCAAGGCGCCAAAUUGCGAAAAAAAAUGCCAUAGAUAAACUACAAGACUAUCAAAGAAGAUGCAACACGUUCUUCAUGGACAUUGUUUCCCAGUUAUGUUUUGCCAACAACAAUGCACCAUCGAAAGAGGUUGUGGAAAAAUUGCUUAGUUAUAUAUUUUUCACAACAAGAGGGAAUCACCAGCGCACGCGGGAUCUGUCAAUAUUUAACACAGGAAUAGAUCCCAACCCUGUGUUCAGAUCUUUUCUUCUACAGCUUCUUAUGAGAACAAGUGAGGAUAAUGUUACAGACAAUCUUGAACGUUAUUUAACUGAAGCAGGGGGCUUGAUUAAAAGCAAUUCACCUGACCAAGAGCAACAGUAUGUUGAGCUGUGUUUGCUUGUCAUCCAGUGUCUAGAGGACAUGUUCACCCAAGAAGCAACUAGGACAGAUGUGGAUGUAACACAGUAUGCAUCUGAGGCCUUACGUAGAGCUACUCAAAACAUUGCAAGCGAAGGACUGUCUGUUGAGAAAUUAUAUGGAUUGGCUAGUGCUAGAAUGGGCCUCGCUGUUACAGCCAGAUAUGUUGCAGAUAUAGUAAUGAAUGACGUGGAUCCCAGACAUGUUGAUCGACGAGUGAGGAAACUUAUAGAGGCAGCGCAAACACUAUGUGAGGAUACAGAUGUUAAUUGGACAAGGAUAUAUCUGGUGAAACACAUCUGUAGAUGCUAUGGUAUAGAUGUAUAUCAAACUAUAUGCCUUAAUCCAGUACCAUUUCUUAGAUGGAUCGGUAUGAAAGAUGCAAAUAGAGAUCAGGUUGUGGAAGUUUCAGACAGGUAUAUUGUAUGUGGUGACCACUACAAAAAUAUCAGGGAAGCAAUAACAAAAGUGGUACUCGGUGAAAAUGUUGAGCACCUACUUGACACAGUUCAGGAGAUGCAAACUGCUGGAUUAAGAGUUGAACCCAUGCUGCAACUUGCAGUACACAGAGAGAUAACAAGUUCAUAUCUGUAUCCACAGCAACAGAGGAAACUAAAAACGCAGGUCAUGGAUACAUUGAAUACAUUUGUUCAAGAUUGUGAAGCAGUCAAAAAUAAGGGUUUCAUGCAAAAGCUGAUUAUGAACCAGCUGGUUCCUAAACAUCUUGUGACUACAGAAGGUGAAGAUUUACGCUUACAGGGAAUACAGUGCCUUAUUUUUCACUUUCUGUCUGUCAUGACGUAUCUGAAAGGAGACAGAACUCUGCUUUAUCCCUUACAGACUCUGAUGUCAAAUCCUCAAACAUGUGGUUACAUGUUUUUACCAACAAUGCCGCAGGAUGAUUUAGAAGACAUAAAAGAAGCUUUGUUAGCAGCACGUCAGAACAAUGCAGCGGAAAAUCCAGUCUUCUACCGUUGUCCAAAUGGUCAUCCCUAUGUGAUUGGAAAUUGCGGUAGACCUUAUGUAGUAGCCAGAUGUAAAUGCGGGGCUGAAAUAGGUGGACAAGGGCACAACUUACUUGCAUCAAAUACACAAGAUACUGGGCGAGACAACACACUGACUGGUCAUAUCCUUGGACGUGUACAGGUCAGAGGACAAGGUCUGAGACCAGAGAGAACAUUGACUUCAGCUUAUACUGCAACUAUAAGACUUCUGCUGCAUAUGUCAAUGUUUAUUGGUGUCGGCAAUAACCUACAGGGUGUGCAUUUACUGAUAAAACCUGACAUUGCUAUAAACGAUGUGGAGGAAUUUCUUUGGGCACAUAUACAGCAAGAUGUUGACGACAUCCACAGGACCCUUGGUAGAAGUGUUGAUGAUGUUCUUCUUCUGAUGCAUACUACUGUCGACCACAUCAUGAGAGCACACAAUGAAGGUACAGAGGUGUUUUCUAGUUGCAUUUGUGCUAUUGUUGCAAACUGUAAGAUUUUUUACGUUUGCUGCUGUGUUAUAGCUGGGCUUUAA